GCAGAUAGCCGAAUGACGGCUACACUGUAACUGGCCAGGUCUGGGAGGGCGUCAUAUGACGUCCUCCCAGAACGCGCUCUCCUGCGUGCCCCCCGGCAGUCUUCAUGAUCGUUGUGUCCUACGGACACAGCUGAUCACAUGAUGUGAGCAAAGAUAGGCAUCGAUCAUCAGGGCAAUGAUGAUCAGUGCCCUGAUGAUCGUUGCCCAGCAGUGCCACCCACCAGCUCCGCCCACCUGUGCCCAGCAGUGCCACCCACCUGUGCCCAGCAAUGCCCACCAGUGCUUAUCAGUGCCACCCACCAGUGCUUAUCAGUGCCACCCACCUGUGCCACCCACCAGUGCCCAGCAGUGCCACACACCUGUGCCCAGCAGU